AUGAUCCUAAGCUCCAACAAAACCAAUUCAGUACCCACCAAAAAUGAAUACAACGAGUUGAUGAUCAAGUUUAACCACUUAAAAAAUGACUACAAUCAUUUAGAACAAAACAUUCUCAUCAAAACCAACACAAUUAACGACCAAAUACAGAUUAUUAACAACUAUGAGACGAUAUUAGAAAAUUUAAAACUUCAAAUGAAGGAAGAUAAUGUUAAUUACACCAAAUCCAUCCAUUCAUACAAACUCAUCAUAGAGGAUUAUAAGAAAAAAUUGAACAAGUUGAACCACGAAUUGAGCCACUAUAAAAAUUUAGAGUUCAAGAGCUUGGAAGAUAACAUAACAGCCACAAAUGACACUGAUGAGGAUUUAUUGCAUUACAAACAAAACUAUGAAAAACUUUUGAAAGAGUACAAAGUUUUGAAGUCUAACUUCGAGUUAGAACAAAACAAUAAGAUUUUAUUGAUCAAUCAAAUUGAAUUUUUGACCAAGAAGAAUGAAGAAGGUGAAGAAUUCGAUGUUGAAGAGGGAGUACGAAGUGAAUCUGAAGAGGAAUCAUAUCAAAAUUUCGAUGACGAUGGUGCUGAGGUGGAUGAAAAAGAUAAAGGGUAUGGUAAUUUCAUUGAUAACUAUGAUGACAUAACAUAUAACUACACCAGUUAUGUCAACACUGAUGAUAUGCCUGAGGAUGAAAAUAUUCAAAGUGUUUCAGAAACCCUUCAUAGUGAGAUAGAGGAUGAUGUUCCUGGUGGAAUGGCGUCACCAAGAGAAGAAGAAGUAAUUCAAGAAGAUAAUGAUCAAGGACUCAAAGAGUUACCUCAAUCAUCACCAAUCAAAAGUAGAAUUCCCUCACUCAUUUCAACACAAAACUUCCAAUUCCCACCAUCUCCAGAUCCAAAUUCCAAGAAGAGACAGUCAUUACCUUUGAAUUUGGACAAUGAUUUCAUAUUAUCACCACUCAAGUUAAGUGAAAGAAAAAGGCAUAGUAGGUAUAACAGUGAUUUGAAGAUUAAGGUAGAGUUUGAGAAAUUACCUAAUUUAAACAAUCCUAAUAAUUAUUCCAAUAGUACCUUACCCAAUGAAAGUACCACAGCAUCAGAACAAUUAGGUGCAGGAUUCGAAUCACCAUUAAAUACCAUGAAUUUUUCCAAUGAUUUCAAUCAAGAAGCCUUGGAUAAAUUAAACAAUAACAGCUACCCAAGUAGUAAUAACUCCAGAAGCUAUAGAAAUUCCGGUAGUUACAGAAAUUCUGGAAGUUAUAGAAACUCCGGAUUACCUAAUUUAAAAGAAUUAAACGAAUUAAAUGAAUUUAAUGAAGAAAUAACCAAAUUGAAAUUCGAAUUACAAAGUCUUAAACUUCAUAAUGAAAAAUUACUAUCAUUCAUUUCAUUUGAGUUACAAAAGCAUAAUAAAAAGAUUAAGAAAUUAUCAUCGAGAAAUUUCGAAUAUAAUGAUAACAAAUUGAUAUCUAAGUCAAAAAGACUUUUGGCCAAUAAGAAGAUCUUAAGGUCAGUCUCCAUUAAUUCCAUAUGGAAUGAAUCUAUCAAGAAAGAUUUGAAAAAAUUCAAAUCCAUGAACUUCAAGUUUAUCAAUGAUAUCAACAAAUCAAUCGAUUUCGAAGAUCUUUCCUUUGAUAAUGAUUUUGAGAACGACUCAGAUUUUGAGAUUGAUGAAUUCCACAACAAUUCAGAUUUUUGUGUUGAUGAUAUUGAUGAACUUGAUGAUUUAGAAGAAUUGGAAGAGACUGAUGAUGAGGAAGUUGGAAUUUUCGGCCAAUUAAAGCAUUUGAUCAUGGGUAAACCUAAAAAUGAUAUCACCGUCGAUGAUUCAUUGAAAUAUCAAUUUUUAACCAUAGCUAUCGGUAUUCUUAUCAUCGGUAUCAGAUUUGGACAUCAUGAAAAAGUAUAG